AUGUCGUCGAUAAUUAUCUCCCCUAUUCACUCCGGCGCCUCCGGUGCCCGUGCCUGCGCCGGUGAUGUAAAUCGCCGGAGGAAAAGUAAAACUCCGACGAGUUCCCAAAAAUGGUGGACUCCACUGUUCGGAAUGUCGUCGGAGGCAGACUACAUUAAUGAAUCCGAUCAAGCCAAGACCCAGUAUCCGCCGGAGACGUCUAGAUCUCGCAUCGCUCCGGGAAGAUUGACGGAGGAGAAGGCGAGGCGGCUCCGUGUGUUGACUUCGGAGUCAUCUUCGUUUCAUGACAUCAUGUACCAUUCGGCUAUUGCCUCUCGUAUGGCCUCCGAUUUCACUCAUUUCUCAUCCGAAGAAGAAGAAGAUAUCAACCCCAAUCAGUGA